UAAAGCCACGUAAGCUUGCACCGCCUUGCUACAGCUUGCGAAGGCUUGUAUGCGUGUAUACUGCAUUAGGCGGAAUCUCUGAAAACCCUGAUGCUUUCCUUUCCCCAUUCAGUAAAACGAUUCGCUAGACUGUGGCGCAAGGGACUAUGUAAGGCAUUCACCUCGCGAAGAGCACAUUCCUCGCACGUAAUCUGUUCCUGCUGCCUUGCUUGCCAUGAGCGUAGUCCCAGUAUUUUUUCACUCAUAAGCCUGACUUCACCUUCUCUCAGCACUCCGCGCCGUCGCAUUCGCCAGCCACAUCCACCACCACUCACUCAAUCCUCGCGUUGCCGAAGUCCGCCACAAACGAGUCGAACGACCGCUCCUCGUCCGCCGGCGUCGGCGCGCGGAUGCCCGUCUCGGGCUUGGGGGGCUUGCACGUCCAAAGUGUACUCCAGUCGAUGGGUGGGGAGGUGGGGGAGGGAGGGGCCGCUGUUGAAGAGAGAGGCGUCGCUGUUGGGGAGAGAGUUGAGGUGGGCGUACCGGCAGAACUUGACGGUGAGUCGGAAGUGGACGAAGGGGUGUCGGAAGAGGGAGGUUCACCCGGAUAGGCGGAAGAGGGAGGUUCGCACGUAUAGGUGGAUGAGGGAGUUUCGCCCGUCGAAGCGGUAGAGGCAUCAGAAUGGGAAGGAGACGAGGUCGUCGAAUCCGAUUUCACAGUUUCCGUGCUUCGUCCAGCGAAGAAGGGAUGCGCG